CGCUGGGGGGAACUACUCAAAACUAUGCUGCCAUGUUAUACCCAGUUGUUGAAUCGUGUCUUCCAAGUGAUGUAUUAAAGGCUUGGGAUAGAUUUUCAUUAAAAACUGAGGUGGAGGAUGAAGAGACAGCUCAACUUACGAAAGAGAAAUUGUUAGAAAAGUUGAUGUCCUUUCUUCGUCGCGAGGUAGAAGGGGAAGAGCAUCGGGCGUUAGCCGAAAAGGCUUUUGGACAGCCUUCAAAAAGUAAAAGGGAAUCUUCUAGCAAAGAAGAACCAACAGCAAUGACUUUAACAUCUUCCUUUGAAAAGUCCAGUAAGAUUGAGUGCAUAUUUUGUCAGAAAAGACAUGCCAGUCAAGACUGUCAUAAGGCUGCCUCAAUGAAGCCAGAAGAAAGAAAAUCAAUUGUUCUACGUAAACGCUGUUGCUUGGUAUGCUUGAAGAUUGGACACUUGGCGAAAAAUUGUCGCAGUAGCGUUCACUGUCUGGUGUGUGGAAGGCGACACUACGUAAUUUUGUGUCCGGAACUGCCUAAAGAAAAUAAGGUUCAAAUUUCCGAUGAAUCAAGAGUGGAAAUGAAUACGUCUACGUUAUUUACGGAACUUAUGCCUCAAAGGGUAAUAUACUUGAAAACAUUGUUGCUACGUUUAAGAAAUGGAAAUCAAGAACGUUACGUUAGAGCUUUACUGGAUGACGGAUCACAGCGAUCAUACUUAACAAAAAAUUUAGUUAAAGAGUUACGAUUAAAUCCUUCAGGAACAGAGUUAUUGUCCCAAGGAUUAUUUGGAGGUACGCAAACUUCCGAAGUCAGACAUGGUCGCUACGCCAUCACUGUUGAGAGCAUCAAUAGAACUUUUUCAUACAACAUAUUAGUUUUGGAUCAGCCCAAGAUUUGUUCAUCUUUACCUCGCAUACGUGACCCAAAUCUGAUACGAGAAUUGAAGUCUCGAGGUAUUGAGCUUACCGAUGUUGGUCCAGAGAUUCCUCCAAUUGAGAUGCUGAUUGGUGCCGAUUUUCUAGGAGGAAUAUUGACAGGAAGAAUAGAAUUUUUGCCGUCGGGAGUCACAGCCAUAGAGACGAAGCUCGGAUGGAGCGUUUUAGGCCAAGGAAAGAAAAGCGCUAUAAAUAUGGUAUCCUUAAGUAUGCAUCUUUCGGAAGUACACAAGCUAUGGGACUUAGAGUCCUUGGGAAUCACAGAUCCCACUGAAAGAAAAACAACUAAGGAGCUAGACGAAGAAGCCGUAACUUUUUUCAAAGAGACAAUUCAAAAAUCUGGUGACAGGUAUGAGGUAGCACUUCCAUGGCUAACAGGACAUCCUCCCCUGUAUGAGGGAUAUGACCAGGCUGAAGCAAGACUACGUACGGUCUCUAAGCGUCUUUUGAAAGACAAUAACUAUGAACUGUAUAAAAAUGUUUUGCUGCAAUGGAAGGAUGACAACAUCAUAGAGGAAGUGACGGGAAGCGAAAUAUCAAGUUCUAGAGCUUGUCAUUACCUACCACAUCAUCCUGUUAUAAAAUUGUCAAGCUCUACUACUAAGAUCAGACCGGUCUUUGACGCAUCAUACAAACGUCCGGGGUAUGCCUCUUUGAAUGAAUGCCUAAGCACAGGACCUAGCCUGUUACAUCAAAUACCUCAUCUAAUAAGUAAAUUCCGUUGUGGUGCCAUUGGAGUGAUUGCAGACAUCAAGCAGGCACUUCUGCAACUGUCUUUAGCUCCCGAAGAUAGAGACUACGUUAGGUUCCUUUGGUGGGAAGACAAGGAGCAUAUUAAGCUGAAAAUCUACAGACAUUGCCGUGUUGUCUUUGGUGUUUCGUCAAGACCAUUUCUUCUGAACUCCACGAUUAACUUCCAUCUAGAGUCUCAGGAAUUCCAAACAAAAAACCUAGAAAAAACUAUCAAUCGUCUGAAAGAAGGGUUUUAUGUUGACAACUUAGUCACGAGUGUGGAUACCUGCGAAGAGCGGGAAGAACUGCGAUAA